CUGAAAAAUUUUUCUAGCUUUUCUUCUCUCACCGUUUCUGGUCAUCGACUUGCAUUAAUCGACUGUCCUGGCCAUGCAGGACUCAUCAAGGCGGUAUUAGCCGCAAGUAGUGUUUUUGACAUGGCAAUCGUUGUCAUCGACGCCUCAUCUGGAAUUCAACCUCAGACAGCGGAGCAUCUCCUUUUGUGUUCCAUAUUUUGCCCUAAACAGGUCAUCCUAGUGUUGAAUAAAAUCGAUUUGGUAAAACAAAGCGAGAUUCCCAGUAUUACUAAGAAGAUCAGAAAAGCACUUGUCAGCUUAGGAAUCUCUGAAGAUUCCCCGGUAGUGCCAUUAUCUUUAAUUGAUGUGAAGGAUGACACGCUCAGUGGACUUAUGAAGGUUUUACAAGCAAAAGUUUUUGAACCGCAGCGAGAGAAUUCGGGGAGGCUCGUUGUCGCUGUUGAUCAUUGCUUCCCUGUAACUGGCAAAGGUACUGUUAUGACCGGUACAGUAAUCGACGGAUGCUUACGAUUAAAUCAAGAAAUCGAAAUCCCCGUAUUGAAAGAAAAGAGAAAAGUUAAAGGAUUAGAAUCAUGGAAGGAACCAGUGGAGCAGGUAAGUUAUCUUAGAAUCCGUACAGUCACGGCUGGAGAAAGAGCUGCAAUUCUAGUGCAGCAGCUGAAUGCUCAGUCAAUUUCUCGCACUAUGGGUAUAUUUUCUUUUUUGCAAAUUUAUGACUUCGCUAUCCAGGUUUCUAAGCAAUUAUUUGCAGUUUGCUCACCUGGAGCUUUGACUGAGAUGGAUGCGUGCAUCGCCACGGCCAUAGCUAUCCCAUUUUAUCGAGGAACGAUUUCAUCUGGAAUGAAAGUUCACGUCUCCAUAGGCUUUGAGAUAGUCAUGGCAGAAUGCCAAUUUCUGCGACCCGAUGCCGACGAGUAUGAACAGCUGAACACACUGGAAGCGCCAUGUGUUUGUUGGCUGUCAUUCGAGAAAUCUGUACAUACACGGCCUAGCUCCUUCUAUAUCGCUUCAAAAUUAGAUCAUCAAGGACGAGGAUGUCGUUUUUUGUUUCAUGGACAACUUGGAGAACAACUCAAGGAGAAGAAACUACGGCGUUUUGUUCGUAAAGAGCGUGUAGGCAAAGCAGAAAGAGUAGAGAAUCCCAGAAGC